AUGCGUUCCUGGUAUGGGAGGGGCAAACCCCUUCAAGUUGCGAUCACAUCUUGCUGUCUUGUGGCUUUUGUUCUCUUUGGCUAUGAUCAAGGUGUUUUCAGUGGUAUUGUGGGUAACGAGGACUGGAGAAAGCAAUUUGGGCAUCCUGACGACUCUGAGGAGGGUAUCAUUGUCAGUUGCUAUAACCUGGGUUGUCUGCUUGGAUGUUUGGUGAACUUCUGCAUCGGCGAAAUGCUCGGCCGCCGGAAGACCAUGUGGCUCGCCAUGGGCGUAGUCAUUGUCGGUGCGAUCUUGCAAGCAUCGGCCUUCAAUGUGCCACAUUUGAUCAUAGGCCGCGUGAUAACCGGCGCGGGCACCGGGCUGAAGACCAGCACUGUUCCCAUGUACCAAGCUGAGAUGUGUGAAGGCAAGACCAGAGGCCGUCUGAUCUCCUCCGAAGUGCUUUUCACAGCUGUUGGAAUCGUCGUCGCAUAUUGGUUCGAUUUUGGUAUGUCAUUCGUGGGCGGGCCUAUCGCGUGGCGACUUCCCAUUGCCAUGCAAAUAAUCUUCGCCAUCUUUGUCAUCGUGCUGGUAUUCGGCCUCCCAGAGUCCCCUCGAUGGCUCAUGAACCACGGUCAAGAGCAGGAAGCUGUGGAUGUUCUCUGUGCCGUGUACGACCGCGAGCCCGAUGACGAAUUCAUUGUCAAUGAGCGCAAAGGAAUCAAGUCCGCCAUCGAACUCGAGGAUGCCGUGAGCAAGCAAUCCUUCUGGAAGAUCUUCCGCAACGACGAAGUCAAGACCGGCCAGCGCGUUCUGCUCGCAUGGGGUAUCCAGCUUAUGAACCAAGUUGGCGGUAUCAACUUGGUCGUGUACUUUGUGCCCACGGUACUUAAACGUAAUGUCGGGCUUUCGAGUCAGCUCUCCCUGAUCCUCGGUGGAUGCAUCCAGAUCAUGUUCAUGCUUGGCUCACUGUUGCCGGCUUUCAAACUGGAUAGCAUGGGUCGCCGCAAGACCAUGAUGUUUGGCUCUUUCGGACUCGGAGUGUGCAUGAUGAUGGUAGCAGCGCUAUUGUCCCAAAUCGACCAACCGAACGGAACAACAUACGCCUCAGCUGCUGUAUCUUUCUUCUUCCUCUACAUGCUGAUUCACGGCAUGUCCAUCAACUCCGUCCCAUGGGUAUAUGUGCCCGAGAUUCUUCCCCUGGAAGCCCGAACCAAGGGAACAGCGAUUGGCGUCAGCUCCAACUGGCUGUGGAACUUCACCGUUGUCAUGAUAACGCCUGUGAUCAUCAACCGCAUCGAAUGGAAGGCAUACCUGAUCUUCAUGAUCACCAACUUCCUUUUCAUUCCCAUCAUCUACUUUUACUAUCCCGAGACAAGCAAUCUGCGCCUUGAGGAUAUUGACUUGAUCUUUGCUCGUGGUGGGAAUCCAGUCGAGCAAGCAAGAAGGAUGGCUGCGGAGAUCAAAGCCUAUGGGCAUAUCCAGGUGGAGCAAGGAGAAGAGAAAGUUGCCAGCAGUGUUGGUGUUGAACGUGUAUGA